GCUGUUGUUAAAGCUAUCGAGGACGCCUGGACUUUAGAUCAGUGUUUGGCUGCGCAGAUCCAUUGCAAGAUCGGGCACUCUGAAAAGUGGCAGUUUUUGAUCAAUCUUCUGAGCAAAACCUACAACUCGGUAGAGAAGCAGUGGGUUCGCAGGAAGAUUUUGGGGAAAGGAAGUAAGGUUUACCUGCCUCUCCUCAAAUCCAAGAACCAGGUCAACGCGCACCGCGCAGCCCUCCAUGCCAUCAUCCCUUUGAUCCAGAACGAGGAUGGCACCGCCUGCUGGACCGAGUUGCCGCAGCAGAUCGUCGAGGCUGUGAGGCUCGACCGGGAAAGGGGGUACCUGCGCAGCAAUCGAGAGCUUCUCAGAGACUUUCUCUGGCUGCACUGGGGCGGCGAUGCAGCGGGGUGGCUUCGAGGAACUUCUCACAGCAUAUGGGGGUUUAAGCUCCUCGGGAACAACCGGGUCGUCACCCAUUCUCCCAAAGAUAUGCGGGUAGCCUUGACCUUCGAGGGGAAAGACAAGUACUCCACCUACUUGGAGUACUUGCAGCCAUUCCUAGAGCCCAUGCAAACCAUGACCACCGAGGGGCUCCAGGUAGAAAACACCCACUACACAGUGAACCAAACCCUCGGCGCAGACUACGUGCUGAUGAGCGAGCUCCUUGGCCAUUCCGGAGCGUCAAGUUUAACCGGGUGUUGCUUCUGCGAGGAGCACAAGGACAACUACGGCAAGACGCACGUGGUUAACGGACGGAGAGUUCCCCUCACAGCCACCCCCCGAACCACCGAGAGCAUGGCUGCAGCUGCGCACCGCCCCUGGACCACAGGCCCUGGCGUUGAGUGCCCCUACUGCCACGAGCAAUUCCCCAACCAGGAAGCAGUGGACGCGUCCCAACCCCCCCAAACCAAGGGGGAAACCAAGAAGUUCCAGCAAUCGCAUGCGGGAAUGAGGUUCGGCACCCCUCCAAUCUUCCGAUUCCCAAUCAGCGCCUACGCAAUCUGCAUCCUCCAUCUCCUCCUGCGCCUCAUGGCGAUCACUUUCCACCAAACCAUCGCCGUCAACCUCAACACCCCAGAGAAAACGGACGCAGUCAACGCACUCAUCAAAGCCCUCCACUUGGGAUGCAAGAAACUCGAGCAGAGAACGGCGAGCGGGGACAAGAAGAAAGAUACCACUGACAUCAACUUCAUCGGAAGGUGGGUGGGCCUUACUUUUGUGCUGUGUGCAUUCUGCGUCUGCGUCUGCUCCCUUGCUCCGGUGCUCCGCGCGUCUUCUCCUCCCUCCUUUGCUGCUCCCCUUCUGCUCCAUGCUCCUGCUCCCUGCUACUCCAUGCUCCAUGCUGUCUCCUUCUGCUACGCUGAGGUGCUCCGCCCCCUCCACAACCCUGGCGACGACGACGAACGGGAGGCCAAAAGCAUCGUGGUCCAAGACAGGGCGGUGGCGUACGUGCACAGCUUCAGCUCGCAGCUAGGGGCGGACCUCGCCACCCUCUACAUGCAUCUGGGGAUGGUGCACGUACCUGACAUGGUGCGCCGCUUCGCGAUCAACUUCAGCGACAUGUCACAGCAGUUUGUCGAGCACAAGCUGAAAGAGGGGAAGACAGAUAUGCAGCUGUUUACCAACAAGCGGUUGGUAGACGAACGGCAGCAGAAGGGGCGCAACUUGCAAGUGAUGGCGAAGGGCAGGGAACGGCUAGCCCUAGAGCAAACGGUCGCAAUGCCGCUCAGCAGAAAUGAGAGGCGGUUUAUCGGGGACGGAGAGAAGGUUGCAGAGCAGGCGAUCGAGAGAGCUGAGAGGAGGGGCCAGCUGCCAAGCCGGAGCAAAGCACAGCUCGAGAGCAAACUCGAGAAGUUGGGUCCGGAUCAUAUUGCCCGGGUCUACACCGGGUACGUAGAAAUCGUGGAGAAACUUGCCUUUGCCGACUCGGAGGAGUCUCCCGGGGAGCAGAGCAGCGCUCGCUUGAGGGUCGAGUCGGAGAACCGGACGCCGGGGGGAUUGGAGGGCCUCGGCGGGGACUCCCACCAGGGAGAGGAGGCCGGGUUGGAGGAACCCGCCGCAGCUGGCGUGGGGGAAAGCAACGGGCCGGCGAGAGGCGAGGGUGGGGGCGAGGGCAGAGGCGGGGGCGCGGGGGCGAGGGACGCAGAAGGGGUGGCAGAGAGGGGCAGGGGGAGGGGCACGAGCACGGGCACGGGGAGGGGCGCCGAGGGCAGGGGCGCGGGAAGGGGGCCGCUGGAAGGGGCGCUGGCGCUGGAAGGGGGGGCGCUGGCGGUGGAAGAAGGGGCAGAGGCCGCGCGGGGAGAAUCUCCGCUUCUGCAAGGCCAAUUUAGAGUUAGAAAAAUAGCCUUAGACAACAAGUAG